CCCUUCGGGGCCGGGCGGGGACAGGGGAGGGGCUGGGGGCGAGGACCCCCGUCUCCCCUCCCAGCUCCCGCCCUCUGGGCCGAGCCCCACCGACGGGGCUGGGCGAAGGGGCGGGCUCUGCUCCUCGGGCCCUGCGCCUCUGCCGUCCUGCCCCGCGCCCGCCCGACUGCCGGGUCGCCUGCUGCCCUCUGGCUCGGCGGCGGGGGACGAGGACAGAGGCUAGGAGAAGCAGCAGCGUAUUCAGGAGGCCCGGAGGCGGCACGAGACGUCGUCCUCCAUCGCGGCAUCACUGAUACAGUGACAGAAGACCGCCCCUUCGUGUAGGAGAGAGUGCGAGGGGGAUACGUCUUGUGGAUCGAUUUGAAAAGCGUCAAUUUAAAAGAUACUUCUGGAUCCAAAUGUCACCCAGACGCGUGUUUUCGUGACGACUCGAUUUUUCUGGCCUUAUUCUUAUAUUUUUCAUUUUUAAAAUACAAAGUGCUUUGAGGAUAUGCUGAAAGGUAACUGAAGACUGAAAAAAAAAAAAAAAAAAAACCCGAUUGUCAUGGCUGAAGGAGAAAAUGAAGUGAGAUGGGAUGGACUGUGCAGUAGAGAUUCCACUACCAGAGAGACUGCACUGGAAAGCAUUAGGCAGAUCAUUUUGAGAAAAACGGAGUAUCUUCGUUCGAUCAAAGAGACACUUUAUCGUCCUUCAGACGAGUUUUCAAAUGCUGUUUCUUUGGAUGGGUUGAAUAAGCUGCUUGCUCAUCUGCUUAUGCUCUCUAAGAGGUGUCCUUUUAAAGACGUAAGAGAGAAAAGUGGGUUUAUUUUGAAGAGCGUCGAGGAACUUGGAAUCAGAGUUCCUCGGCCACUAGGACACGGACCAAGCAGAUUCAUCCCAGAGAAGGAGAUUCUCCAAGUGGGGAGUGAAGACGCACAGAUGCAUACUUUAUUCGCAGAUUCUUUUGCUGCUUUGGGUCGUUUGGAUAACAUUACAUUAGUGAUGGUUUUCCAUCCACAGUAUUUAGAAAGUUUCUUAAAAACUCAACACUAUCUACUACAAAUGGAUGGGCCAUUACCCCUCCAUUAUCGGCACUACAUUGGAAUAAUGGCUGCAGCAAGACAUCGGUGUUCCUAUUUAGUGAACCUACAUGUAAAUGAUUUUCUUCAUGUUGGUGGGGACCCCAAGUGGCUCAAUGGCUUAGAGAAUGCUCCUCAAAAACUACAAAAUUUAGGAGAACUCAACAAAGUAUUAGCCCAUAGACCUUGGCUUAUUACCAAAGAACACAUCGAGGGACUUUUGAAGGCUGAAGAGCACAGCUGGUCUCUUGCAGAGUUGGUGCAUGCUGUAGUUCUACUCACACACUAUCAUUCUCUGGCCUCAUUCACAUUUGGCUGUGGAAUUAGUCCAGAAAUUCACUGUGAUGGUGGCCACACUUUCAGACCUCCUUCUGUUAGUAACUACUGCAUCUGUGACAUUACAAAUGGCAAUCAUGGUGUGGAUGAGAUGCAGGUCAACUCCGCAGGAAACAUUUCAACAAGUGAUUCCUUCUUUGAGGUUGAAGCCCUCAUGGAAAAGAUGAAGCAGUUACAGGAAUGUCGAGAUGAAGAAGAGGCAAGUCAGGAAGAGAUGGCAUCACGUUUUGAAAUAGAGAAAAGAGAGAGCAUGUUUGUCUUCUCUUCAGAUGAUGAUGAAGUUACACCAGCAAGAGAUGUGUCUCGUCACUUUGAGGAUACUAGUUAUGGCUAUAAGGAUUUCUCUAGACAUGGGAUGCAUGUUCCAACAUUUCGUGUCCAGGAUUAUUGUUGGGAAGACCAUGGUUAUUCUCUGGUAAAUCGCCUUUAUCCAGAUGUGGGACAGUUGAUUGAUGAAAAAUUUCACAUUGCUUACAAUCUUACUUACAAUACAAUGGCAAUGCACAAAGAUGUUGAUACCUCAAUGCUUAGACGAGCUAUUUGGAACUAUAUUCACUGCAUGUUUGGAAUACGAUAUGAUGACUAUGACUAUGGUGAAAUUAACCAGCUAUUGGAUCGUAGCUUUAAAGUUUAUAUCAAAACUGUUGUCUGCACUCCAGAAAAGGUUACCAAAAGAAUGUAUGACAGCUUCUGGAGGCAGUUCAAACACUCUGAGAAGGUUCAUGUUAAUCUGCUUCUUAUAGAAGCUAGGAUGCAAGCAGAACUCCUUUAUGCUCUGAGAGCCAUCACCCGCUAUAUGACUUGAUGCCUUUCCUCCAUUAAAGAUGAUUCUGGAAUGAACAGCAAACAUAGUCUACACAUGGAUGGUACCAAGCCCCAGGACCAAUGGUAGAUAAAAGAAUUCAGAAAUUCAUUGUGCCAUGAUUCCUUUAGUGUCUGCUAUUUUACUGUGGGAAUACCACUGCUGGCACGAGCAGUGAGUGCUUGGCAGCUUUGAGGUUAGAGCUGUGAAGGAAGGCUGCUGUUCAUGGUAUCUUGCUUUCUGACAGUACAAGAUGCUGUAUAAUUGUUUUAAUACAGCAGCUAGCAAUUUUCCAAAUCCUGUUGCUUUGAUGUUAAUAAGAUAACAAGAAUUGGAGCAUGUAAAGAAUGGGACUUGGAUAAUGACUAAGAUUUAUCUAUAAAGAAUUUUAGAAGAUCUUGGUGCUGCUCUCUUGGCUGGUGGAGUGAAUAGAUGGCUGUUCCAGUUAAGCUAUUAGUGAUUACAGUGAACACUGCUACUAUCUGAGCCUACAUGCAUAAUUUGUGUGGUUUCAAAUUAAACUUGUAUACAUGUUCUUUUUUCCUUGCAUCUAAGAAAAGCAUAGAAUUAAAAGCUCAGCAGAGACCAUUUUGAUGGUAACAGUUCAUUUCUUUCAUUAUAGUAGUUUUUUAAAUCAGUUAUUAGAUGAUAUUACAGUGGCAUUCUUAAAAGAUUUUCCCCAAAGAGUAAUCUUAAAAUGAAAGUAUGAAUUAUAAGGAAAAGAAACAAAAACAAGCUAUUUUUUGAUAUGCUCUUUCACAAGACUUUCCGGCACUGGAGGGCAGCUGUCAUGCAGUAUUUUUGUUUCCAGUGCUGAAGUUGUGAGAAAUGUUGCUGUAAACUGCUGCACAGUCCCAGUGAACUCGUCCCCAUGCUUCUGCCCACCUCAUGAUCCCUACCUUGAAGGUUGUGCAGCUCCUUCAAGAAUAAAGCUGGAAAAUAUUUUAGUGAGGUUAUCAAUUUUGAUUUACAAAAAUGCUAACUUUGAGAUACAAAUAGGUUUGGGGAAAAUGUAUUAAGUACUUUGUAUUCUGGAAGCGUGAAUUGCUUUUGAAGUCUGUCAGUAUUAUUGGUAUUUUUCAAUAAAGAAUAAUUUUCUCCA